GCUCUCUCAUCCAUGGAGGAAUUCAGAAACCUGGAUCGAGACAUUGAGGGGUCUGCAAAGCGGUGGAAGAAAUUUGUUGAAUCUGAGUGUCCUGAAAAGGAGAAGUUCCCCCAGGAAUGGAAGAACAAGUCAUCUCUGCAGCGCCUGUGCAUACUGCGAGCCAUCCGCCCCGACCGCAUGACCUACGCGGUCAGAGAUUUUGUAGAAGAAAAGCUUGGCAGUAAAUAUGUGGUAGGGAGAUCCCUGGAUUUUGCAACAACCUUUGAGGAAUCAGGACCUGCAACCCCAGUGUUUUUUAUCCUGUCCCCAGGAGUCGACCCACUGAAGGAUGUGGAGAAACAAGGGAAGAAACUUGGUUAUACAUUUAACAACAGGAAUUUCCACAAUGUUUCCCUUGGACAAGGUCAAGAGGUGGUUGCUGAACAAGCUCUAGAUUUGGCUGCAAAGGAGGGUCACUGGGUCAUCCUUCAGAACAUCCACCUGGUGGCCAAGUGGCUGAGAUCUCUGGAGAAGAAGCUGGAGCAGCACAGUGAGGGCAGCCACCAGGAUUUCCGUGUCUUCAUUAGCGCAGAGCCGGCACCUUCCCCUGACAGCCACAUCAUUCCCCAGGGCAUCCUGGAGAACUCCAUCAAAAUCACCAACGAGGCCCCGACCGGGAUGCACGCAAACCUGCACAAAGCCCUUGACAACUUCAACCAGGAUACCCUGGAGAUGUGCACCCGCGAGAAUGAGUUCAAGAGCAUCCUCUUUGCCCUCUGCUAUUUCCAUGCCGUGGUGGCAGAAAGGCGCAAGUUUGGCCCCCAAGGCUGGAACUGUUCCUACCCCUUCAACACUGGAGACCUCACGAUCUCUGUGAACGUGCUGUAUAAUUACCUGGAGGCCAGCGCAAAGGUCCCAUAUGAUGAUUUACGCUACCUCUUUGGUGAGAUUAUGUACGGAGGUCACAUUACAGAUGACUGGGACAGGCGGCUUUGCAAAACCUAUUUGGAAGAAUUUAUUAAGCCAGAAAUGCUGGAGGGAGAACUCCUUCUUGCUCCAGGAUUCCCCCUCCCAGGGAACAUGGACUAUAAUGGCUAUCAUCAGUACAUAGACGAUGCCUUGCCUCCCGAGUCUCCUUAUCUGUAUGGCCUCCAUCCCAACGCCGAGAUUGGCUUCCUUACCCAGGCCUCGGAGAAGCUCUUCCGCACGGUGUUGGAGAUGCAGCCCCGGGACAGCAGCCUGGGCGAAGGAGGAGUGGUGACCAGGGAAGAAACGGUGAAAGCUCUUCUGGAAGAGAUGUUAGAGAAAUUGAUGGAUGAGUUUAACAUCGCAGAGCUGAUGGCAAAGGUGGAGGAGAGGACACCGUACGCUGUGGUUGCCUUCCAGGAAUGUGAGCGCAUGAACAUCCUCACCAGUGAAAUCAAGCGCUCUCUCAAGGAGCUGGAUCUGGGGCUGAAG